AACCAAAGUCUAUCAAAAUUAAACGUUGAUUAGAGAACUAGCAAGUGGUCUCACCCUAUAGAUAACAACAAAUCAAACACCACUUAACAAACAUUCACACCCAUCUGCUUACGUCACUUUCCGAUCACUCACAUCACUUCCAUCUCAUCAUUUCCACCCUCUCUCCACCACAAACUUCCACCAAAUGCCGACCGGCGACCACAACCGCCGGCGGAUCCUCAACUCAACUCCACUCCUCCCCCACCACCGUCACACCACCACCACCACCAACUCCACCUUUCCACCGGAAUCCACAUUCACCGGCUCCUCGUUCUCCGGCGCUGUCUUCAACCUCUCAACCACCAUUGUCGGUGCCGGAAUCAUGGCUCUUCCGGCCACUCUGAAGCAGUUAGGCAUGAUUCCAGGCCUAAUUGUUAUUCUACUGGUCGGAAUCUUGACUGAAACUUCCGUUGAUAUGAUAAUUAGGUUUAGUAGGGCUUCUAAGUCCAGUUCGUACGCCGGACUUGUUGGAGAUGCGUUCGGUGGUGCCGGACGGUCGCUGUUGCAGAUCGGAAUUGUUGUUAAUAACGUUGGAUUGCUCGUUGUUUACAUGAUUAUCAUUGGUGAUGUGCUAUCAGGAACAUGGUCAGAGGGGGAACACCAUUUGGGGUUGAUGCAAGAAUGGUUCGGUCAUCAAUGGUGGACCUCACGUUCCGUCUUGCUGCUUUUAACCUCCCUCCUCGUUUUCUCUCCUCUAAUAUCCUUCAAACGUGUAGAUUCAUUAAGAUUCACAUCAGCCUUGUCGGUGGGUUUAGCAGUUGUAUUCGUGGUAAUCACAGCUGGAGUAACCAUAGUUAAAAUAAUCAACGGAACUAUUACAACACCGCGUAUGCAUCCCAAUCUUGUUGAUCAGACAUCCUUCUUAAAGCUUUUCACAACUGUUCCCGUACUAGUUACCGCGUAUAUCUGCCACCACAAUGUUCACCCCAUAGACAAUGAGUUAAAAGAUCCCUCCCAGAUGAAAUCCAUAGUUAAAACAUCAAUCAUAUUAUGCUCAUCCGUCUAUAUAGCAACGGGCUUUUUCGGAUACCUUCUGUUCGGUGAUCAUACACAAGAUGAUGUACUUGCCAAUUUUGACGGUGAUCUUGGAAUACCAUAUAGCUCGCUGAUUAAUGAUGUUGUGAGAAUAAGUUACUGUCUGCAUUUAAUGCUCGUUUUUCCAAUUAUUUUUUUCUCUUUGCGGCUUAAUCUUGAUGGCCUUCUUUUUCCUUACGCUAUCCCUAUUGCUUUUGACAAUCGAAGAUUCUUCCUGGUGACGGCUUUACUUAUGAGUUUUGUAUUUCUUGGAGCAAACUUUGUUCCUAGUAUCUGGGACGCUUUUCAGUUUACCGGUGCCACUGCUACUGUCUCUGUCGGUUUCAUUUUUCCGGCUGCUGUUGCGCUAAGGGACACUCAUGGAAUUGCGACGAAAAAGGAUAGACGCGUGUCGUGGGUGAUGAUAAUAUUGGCAGUAUCAUCAAGCACCAUGGCAAUUUUCAGUGACAUUUAUAGUUUCUUCAUCACCAACAAACUCACUCACUGAGACUUGACUUGAUUAUUAAUAGCAUCCAGUUUACAAUUGUAGAUAAGUUAUAAGUAUAACUUCAACCUCAGAAAUCAAAAUGGCAUCUGGGUUUGCUUGUUUUACUUCUCUUCUUCUGUUAAAGUAAAGUACAAUUUAUUCCAUUUCAAGAUGUAAUUUUUAUAUAUAGAUAUUUAAAUACAUAGGGUGAGGGUGAGUUUCAUUACAAAAAACUUGAUUAUUAUGAAAACAAGCCUAAAUUGUUUAUUUUUUUGAUCAA